AACCACCACCACACUAUCAUCAUCUAUAACUUCCCAUCUGAGUGAAAUUUUAGCCUCAAACUGCAAGUCUUUGGUCUUGCAGUGUUAUUAUUGUUCUUGUUUCUGGAAUUGAACACCGAAGAAGAUCCCCAAAAAGGGAAAUGACCAAAGACAGAAAGAUAGGUGUGGCCAUGGACUUCUCAAAGGGAAGUAAGUUAGCUCUAAAAUGGGCUGUUGAUAAUCUGCUUGACAAACAAGACACCCUUUUCAUAAUCCAUGUCAUGCCCUAUGAAGGGGAUGAAUCUCGCAAUCUCCUCUGGUCCACCACGGGUUCACCUCUGAUUCCAUUGGCGGAGCUCGGUGAUCAGGAGGUAUCACAGACGUACGGUGUCAAGUUUGAUCCUGAGGUUCUUGGGAUUCUUGGCACUACUUGCAGGCAAAAAGAGAUCACUGUUGUUGGAAAGAUUUACUGGGGAGAUGCUAGAGAUAAACUAUGUGAGGCUGUUGCAGGGCUGAAGCUGGAUUGUUUGAUCAUGGGAAGCAGAGGACUUGGUACUAUCCAAAGGGUUCUGCUGGGGAGCGUGACCGGCCAUGUCUUAGUGAACGCAAAUUGUCCGGUGACCGUGGUCAAGGAUGAGAACAGUCGUGGCUUCUGAGUUCUGGGAUCCGAGACUACUUUGGUACAUGGCCUCUCAUAUACUUGUACAACUUUGGUAGUUUGCAAUUUUUAAUGUGUAAUAAUUUCCUGUGGGCUGUCCGUGUAAGACUUCGGUUUGAUUUGAUUCGAUUUGUUAUAUGUUAAAACAAUGUUUGUGUUUUUCAUUUA